GUCGUUUUCGUUCCAAGGAAGGACGACCUCCACACGUCCAAAGCUUCGAAUUUUCAAAACAAAAUGACAGUCUUCUCCGGUCGCUGCAUGGAAAUUUCUACUGUACAUCACUCGUAGCUAUACUUGGAUGCUAAUCGUUGACUCGUUUGAGUCGUCGGCUCCGUCGUUGCAACGCCCUUUCCGCGUGGUUUGCUAUCCAUCCAGUUUAAGUGUUCCAAACCUGCAGCUACCUGCAAGCGCAUGCCGCAAAGCUAGAGAAGAGCAGCGGUACCUACUUACCUAGUAUUCUCUCCGUUCUGUCUCUGGGAACUUCCACAACCAAGGUCAUCGGGCAUCGUUUCGACUCGAGAUGGUACGGCUGAAUUGUUGAACCGUUCCCGUGGCUUGGCGGAAGGAGUGGUGGUCAUGAUAUGCCCAGUGCUUCUUGCAUUGGCUCUCAACAUUGUCGAUCUCAACGACAAGAUGUACAUUCAUGGUCUCUCCAUAGCCAUGAUCACCAUGGCAGGCCUUACAUUGAUAACUGGCAUUACCCCCUUGCUCGUUUGUUGCUUCUCGGAGGGUUUCCCUGGCUCAGGCGUAAGACAUGCGCCCGCAACAACAAUCCUGGCAACCCUUUCGUCAUGUUGCCUUGUCGUCCUCGCAUGCUUGAUUGCACAAUCUAUUGUCUCCAAACCCAUUUUUAUCACGGUUGGAGUCAUCUGCGGAAUCUUGGUCCUUCUUCGAACUACCUGCUACUACAUGUAUUAUACACAAAACAACGAUGGGCGGGCAUACACGAUUGAUAUGCACAAUGUACUAGAUGAAUCAUAUGAGUUCUUGACCGGGGUCACUGGAAUUCUCUUUCUAGGGUUCGAAGGUCUAGCACUGGAUGGUCACGUCCACACGAUGGGUCAAAAGAACGGGGAAUUAGUGGGCUAUAUGACUUUCAUCGUCUGCACAUUUGGUGUGUGCUUAAUGUUUUUGGAGAUGACCCCACCUUCAUGUUUUGCGGUAGAUAGGCAUGGUAGCCUUGAAGAAAGGAGAGUGGGAGAGGAACAAAUUGUGUGUUUGACUCUCAUCCUAGACUGCAUUAUGGCUGUUGGUAUAUUCGUACUACUGCUCGUUGUCAUGCUUAAGCUCACGCCGUUUGAGGUUGCCCUAUGGGUAUUACUACCACCGGUUAUAAGCUUCGGUCAACUUCCAGUUCUAGUCGCGUUAAGAGGGAACACAGGAGUUGAACAGGAAUCUCGACCUGCAUCACUAGAACUUACAAAGGUCACCUUCACUGGAUUCUUGGCGGUGUCGAUAACAACUAUCAGUACCGCAGGCACCGCUUCGUCCAGAAAGUUGAGCGGAAUGUUCCUACUAUUAUCUUCGAUGGCUAUUGGGUUUGGUCUUUCAUGGAGGCUGCUGUCCCAGGCUAACAUAAGGAGAGGUCUGGCCAGUUGUGUUCCAUCUGUUCAUGUUGUUUCUGCUGCCAAGAUUGCAUCAUUUUGCACUCACUUAUGCAUUUUAAUAGCUACAUUUCUAUUUGUAGUAAUGGCUGCUAAUGCAAGCGGCAAAUGAUCGACACAAAUUAGCAGCAAAACAGUUGUGCUAUUGUUUUGGCGCUUAAUGUAUAGCCUAUGUUUUGCACUUCCUUUUGCACCGACAAUUCGGCACUUAUGUUGAGAUAAGUACAUCACAAUUCAUAUGUCCUUAACUGUUGACAAAUAUGCCAAACAUGUCUUGAAAUUGUGUAAAUGAUUAAAUCCAGUCCGGAAAUUCAUUAUUUUUAUAAA